UGUUCUUCCAGAGUAUCGGGAGCCUGUGAAAAUAUAAAUAUUUUUUGUAGCUGUGGUGAUUCAGAGUCUCAGUCAUGCCUAUACGAGGAAUCUCUUCCUGGCUUGAAAAGUGUCCCUGGUUUGAAAAGAAAGCUGCCAGCUCUUGAAGAUGAUGAGAUGGAGUUUUCUGAAACCAUUAAUUCCCCACUGAAUUCAAAAAGAAGUAGGGUGCUUAUUCACAAAGCAGGUAACUGCGGAGAGAAUCCACCUGAUAACCUUGCUGAAGAUUGCAUGGAAAUCGUUAAGAAUGGUAGUCCCUUGUGCUCUUCCAAAUCCCCAUGUGCAGUUGAAGGCUGUCUGUCCAAGGGCUUUGCUGGAUUAUUCUUUACCCGCUCCUAUUUGCAAUUUGGCUGAGAAAGAAGAGUUCCUUGUACCUAAAGCUCCCACCGGAGUUGCAAAUAUAGAAAGAGAGAAUCCCUUGUGAGUCUAAGAUUUGUUGCUUGCUCCAAUGCCCCCACAAUUUUUAAUAUUUGUGGGUAUUUGAAGAAAAAAAAAUUUCAAUGUUUGUGGGAAUACCUUAUCUUUGUGGGACAUUCAUGGAACCAUGGUUAAUGCCUGAACUGUCAUUGUUGUAUUCUGUUUGGACUUUUUAAGUUAAUAAAAAGAAAUAUGAUUUAAGUUUGUU